AUGAGCGUGUUCGUGAACGUAGGCCAAUGCGGCAACCAAGUCGGUGGCGCGUUGAUGGCUCUGGCCAAGGACCCCAAAAGCAGAAAUAAGCGCCAGGGAGGCAAGUCUCAUUUGCGAUGCAUACUGGUGGACACGGAGCCAAAGGUGGUUCGAUCUAUUCGAGCACCCGACAGCAUCGCGGCCAUCCACAUGGAACAGAGCGGCCGCGGCAACAAUUGGGCGAUGGGGUAUGCCCGCUCCAAGAACGUGGCGUUGUGCGAACACGUGAUGGAGUCUCUCCGUCGGGAGAUCGAGGCCACGGACUGCUACCGCGGGGCAGUGCUGCUACAUAGCUUGGCCGGCGGCACCGGGUCUGGCCUGGGGUCGCGCCUGCUCGAAUCCAUCCGCGACACGUACCCAAAAGCGUACAUCGUGAGCGGGUGCAUCGCCCCAUCGCUUCGUGGAGACACUCCACUGCAGAACUACAACGCGCUGUUCACGCUGCGGCAUCUACAAGAGUAUGCCGACGCCGUGCUGUUCAAGGACAACGACGACCUGCUGCGGACCGUGUCGCAUUGGACCGCCCUCUCCAAUCGUAGCGGAACUGUGUCGCUUGGAGAUAUGAAUGCGCUCGUGGCGGCCGACUGGGCCGGCCUGCUCUUCCCCACAGUCGCCCCCACGUCGAAGCUCCGACGAGAGUUUGACGUUGGAGGGUUCGUGACGAAUGUGUGUCCCAUGUCCCAGGCCAAGUUUGUGGACGUGCGAUCUGCGUACUGUUCGACCAAGCUGACUUCGAAACCGCCGCAUGCUUGCUUUGCGCAGCAUUUGACGGCGGCGGUCCAUCACGACCCCCUAGCUCUGACAAGGCAGGUCCUGGCGUCGUUUCCCAGAACCACCUACGCUUCGUUAGGUCAACUGGUGGUGGCCAGGGGGUUCAAUGUCGUGCCCGUGCAGUCGCUGGUCGAUGCCGUCAAGAAGGGCGUUCCGCGAGUGGAGUGGGGCAUCCCCCCGCCCUUCGCCGUGAAAUCCAUCGCGAAAGCUGUCGACGGCACCAUGUCGUCUGUGACAGUGUGUUCGAACGGGACAAAUAUCGUGCCCAUCGUUGAGACGCUGUUGGAGCGAGCGGCCAGACAGUUUCACGCCCGGGCAUAUGUGCACUGGUACGCCAAGUACGGCGUCGACACUGACUUCUUUACAGAGUCGUUUAUCCACACCCAAGCCAUUGUGGACGAAUACCAUGCUUUGAACCAGCCCGAUGAGUGAAUGCUCUCUCCCCCACAUCAAACACCAACACCACCAAUAUGUUUAUGUCAACUGGUUGGUUGUUAGUUUCUAUGUACGAGCCAUUUCGUUACGGACAAGGCAGCAGCGUGCUCAAGACGGACACAAGCACGGGCCACGUGGCGUCAUUGGCGCCGGUCGUGCGCAGUAUCCGCGUGAGGGCGGCCAGCAGCGCCCCAUUGCGCUUCCAGAAGAGCUCGGGGGCGGUCUGCACCAUCUUGUGCACCAACAUGAGCGUCGGGUGCUUGACGGCAUCGCAUCGGCCGUUCAGAAUCACCAGCACCGUAUCGAAGAACGCCUUUUCUUCGUCUGGACUGAAAGCCAGCGCUGCCAUGAUCAGCCGCCCCAAGUCGUCAGUCACUUGCCACAUCGUUCCAUCGAUAUCGUGUAGAAAGGCGGCGGCCACAUGCGCUUGGUUCUGGACGUGCCAGAGGAACCCCAGCUCCUGCCGGGCACUCACGGUCGCCGACUCGAUCCCCACCGACAAGAACGGAAGCAGCACCGCCGUGCAUAGCACACAGUGCAGUUUCGAAGUCACGUUCGACCCCAAGACGGCGGUCACGAUGGAGCGGACGAGGUCGGCGGUGGCGGGGGCGUCCACGUUGUGACACGCGGCCAAGAGAAUGUCCACCGACACAUCCGAUGACGACGUGGCGGUGCCGGCUUUCGGUCCCGAUGGCCGCGACGCGAGCAACAUGUCUUGGACGAUGGGCAUGGGAAACGUCGACUUGGUCACAAAUGCCUCGAGUAGGCGCAGCGCCGGUUGCUGGUACGCGUCGUGUGUGUGGCGCAGCAACGUCACAGUCUCCCACAGUAACUGCGGAUACAAUGCGAGCUUGGCGUCCGGCAUGGUGCUCGUCAUGUGCGCAAGUGUGACAAGGUACUCGGGCACAAACGCUGCCUCAUUUGGAUUCGACAUGGCGGCGGCGAGCAGCUUGGUCAUGUGCACGCAGACGGACCCGUCGAACGGCGGACGGACCAGCCGAUACAGCAACAGCCCGAACCGCGCGUCAAAGUGGUGCGUCGUGAACGACUGUACGGCCAUAGCGGCCCACUGCCGUCGCUGGGCAUCUGUCAGCACCAGUCGGCAAAAACUCUCGACGAGCGUCUCGAACAAGUCUGCCGGCGACGACGACGGCUCCUGUCCUUCCAUUUGGCUAUCGGAAGGCGGGCUUACUAUCGUGGCCAAGUACUCGUGCACGGCGUUUUGCAUGGUGAGGUAGGUCACGGACGCGUCCUUGUGCAGCAUGCCGUCGACGAUCGCCAAUCCGUCCGCUUCCACCCCGUCGAACACGUCGUCGUGCGCACUCGCGCGGUCGUGCAGCUCGGCAAACAACACGGAAAACACGCGGUGCGCCACCAUGACCACCCGGCGGCCUUCGUCGUCGUCGUCGCUUUGGGUGACGGCGAGCCCCGACAGCAGCACCACCGCCACACACGACGUCCGGAACGUCUGGUCUUGCGCAUCGGCAUACGCCAAGAUGGCCGAGACCAGUCGGUGGGAAUCCAUGGGCGACGCCGACAUCCAGUUGACCACAUGCUUGGCCACGACAAACUUCUCGUGGGUGGGCAGCGAGAACAAGAACGACACGAUCGGUGGCACAUGGCAGUAGUCCUUGGCGCGGGCCACAUCGAGCCACAGCGCCGAAAGCGCCGGGAGGAGGUCGCCGUCGUGUUCCUGCACCGUGAGCCGGAACAGGAGCGUCAUGCACUGCUUGUCGAUCGCGUCCAGCUGCGUCACCCACGGCGAGCACUGCGCCAUCACGUGGAACUGCAGCGCCGGGUUGGCCGCGCACUUGACCACGUACGAGAGCAUCACGUGGAGGACGUCGACGCUGUGGGCCGCCCAUCGCCGCGCGAUUUGAUUGGUCACGUGCUGCAGUUGCCUCGUCGUGGCUGGCUUGGCCGGAACGUGGUGCGGCUGGUAGGCAUGGGGAACCCCCUCGCGAUCCUGGCCCAUGGUCACGAGGAUGUGCAUGGCGGCGGCGGCGGCGUCCGUCGUCGUCGUGGGGUGGAGAUGCAGCAGCGCGACGAAAAUCAGUUCGCACAAGCUGGGGCUGGCCAUGAACUCGUCGCGCAAGUCAACGACCACGGACGCCACGACGUGUAGAUAGUGCGUCGCCACGACACAUGAUGUCGCGUCCGUGUAAAAGCAUCUGUCGACUGUUUGUGGGAUGAUGGCGCCGGGGUCGCUCUGCACGAGCAGCCGCAAGCCGGACACGACGAUGGCUUGGAGGUCGUCGUCUGCACCGGCGGCGAACGCGCCGUCCAUCCAUGCAAACACGGGCGCCACGUCGGUGAAAACGGGACCUACCAUCAGCAUGGACAUGGCCUGGUACGCCCGCUUGGCCAGUUGGAACUGCUGCCAUGGGGUGCUCUCGUCCGGCGGGACGUACGGAAGAAGCAUGGCGGCACGGACGUCGGCAGGCGCGGCGGUGCGCGGCUGGUCGGCGCACCAUUGCCACAUGGCCCCGAACCACAUCUCACGCGUGGCGGUGGCCGUCACAACGUCCGCAGUGUCGUCGUCGAGCACGACCAAAAGGUUGUUUUGGUGUACGAUGGACUCGACGAUAGCGCAGAAUUCGUGUUGGAUCCACCACUGCCACCCGUUCGCCUGCGACAACGUUGGUGGUGGUGGCGGGGGGGGGGUGGUCAGCGCACCGUACAAUUUGUC